AUGCUUACUCUGCUCUUCCUGGGCACUGUUAUGAUUGCUGUCCUUUUGAAGCAGAAGAGAGAGGCUGUUCACCAGCUCAGACUGUCCGACUCACUGUCAUCCUUACUACGGACACAUAAGUUGAUUCACACUGGGGAGAUAAUAUUCACCUGCACAGACUGUGGGAAGGGAUUCAAUCGAUCAUCUCAAUUAAAGUUACAUCAGCAAGUUCACACUGGAGAGAAGCUAUUCACCUGUUCACACUGUGGGAAGGGAUUCACUCAAUCAUCUCACUUGGAGCAACAUCUCCGAGUUCACACUGGAGAGAGGCCGUUCACCUGCUCUGAAUGCGGGUUGGGAUUCACUCGAUCUGCUGACCUGAAGCAACAUCUGCGAGUUCACACUGGGGAGAGGCCAUUCACCUGCUCUGAAUGUGGGAAGGGAUUCACUCAGUCAUCUCACUUGAAGCAACAUCUGCGAGUUCACACUGGAGAGAGGUCGUUCACCUGCUCUGAAUGCGGGACGGGAUUCACUCGAUCUACUGACCUGAAGCAAUAUCUACGAGUUCACACUGAGGAGAGGCCGUUCACCUGCUCUGAAUGUGGGAAGGGAUUCACUCACAUAUCGAACUUUGUGGCACACCAGCGGGUUCACACUGGGGAAAAGCUAUUCACCUGCUCAGACUGUGGGAAGGGAUUCACUCAGUUAUCUAAUUUACGGACACACCUGCGAGUUCACACUGGAGAGAGGCCAUUCACCUGCUCAGACUGUGGGAAGGGAUUCAGUCGAUCAUCUUACUUGAAAGAACACCUGCGAAUUCACACUGGGGAGAGGCCAUUCACCUGCUCUGAUUGUGGGAAGGGAUUCAGUCAAUCAUCUUAACCUGAAGGAACAUCUGCGAGUUCACACUGGAGAGAGGCCAUUCACCUGCUUAGAUUGUGGGAAGGGAUUCACCCAUUUAUGUAACUUACGGGCACACCAGCGAGUUCACACUGGGGAGAGACCGUUCACCUGCUCAAAUUGUGGGAAGGGAUUCAGUCGAUCAUCUGACUUGAAGCAACACCAGCGAGUUCACACUGGAGAGAGGCUGUUCACCUGCACAGACUGUGGAAAAGGAUUCACGCGAUCAUCUGACCUGAAACAACACCUACGAGUUCACACUGGAGAGAAGCCGUUCACUUGUUCUGAAUGUGGAAAAGGAUUUUCUCAGUCAUGCAACUUUGUGGCACACUAUCAAGUUCACACUGGGGAGAGACAGUUCACCUGCUCUGAAUGUGGGAAGGGAUUCAAUCAUUCAUCCAACCUUCGGAAGCACUAUGGUGUUCACACUGGGGAAAAGUUUUAAAUAAUAUUCGUGCUGAAUAUUUAAACAUCACAGUGACCGAAUCCAGAGGAAAAGGUGACUGUUGGUGUUGAACUCUGCAAUUAUUGCGGCUGCUCACCACACCCAGUUCUGCACCCUGGUCGCUGGGACUGGGAGAAGUUUCUUCUGCUGAUGCUCACAUUUAAUCGGACUGGAGUUUAAUAUUUUGGA